CUGAAUCACUGGCGCGCGCUUUCCCCGAGCCUGCAGAAGCUGCCGCGGGCGGUGGGCGGGGAUCCCCCGGGGGUGCAAACUUGCUCCACCUGUGCUGCCCUCGGCGGGCCUGGCUGACCACGCGCAGAGCGGCUGCCGCGAUAGCUGUCACUGCCGGAGGUGACAGCGCAGCAGUAGCUUCAGCCUGUCUUGGGCUUGGUCCAGAUUCGCUCCUCUGGGGCUACGUCCCGGGGAAGAGAAAGCGAGGAUUUUGCUGGGGUGGGGCUGUACCUCUAACAGCAGGUGCGCGCGCGAGGGUGUGAACGUGUGUGUGUGUGUGUAAGACCUGCGAUGACGACGAGGAGGAACAAGUGGGACGGCGAGUGAUGCUCAGGGCCAGCAGCACCGAAUGGGGCGAGCUUCAGUGUCGCCAGCAGUGACCCCAGUUCUUGAGGCCAAAUCUGGCUCCUAAAAAACAUCAAAGGAAGCUUGCACCAAACGCUCUUCAGGGCCGCCUCAGAAGCCUGCCAUCACCCACUGCGUGGUGCAGAAUGGCGCCCCCCACAGGUGUGCUGUCUUCAUUGCUGCUGCUGGUGACAAUUGCAGGUUGUGCCUGUAAGCAGUGCAGCGAGGGGAGGACAUAUUCCAAUGCAGUCAUUUCGCCUAACUUGGAAACCACCAGAAUCAUGCGGGUGUCUCACACCUUCCCUGUCGUAGACUGCACGGCUGCUUGCUGUGACCUGUCCAGCUGUGACCUGGCCUGGUGGUUCGAGGGCCGCUGCUACCUGGUGAGCUGCCCCCACAAAGAGAACUGUGAGCCCAAGAAGAUGGGCCCCAUCAGGUCUUAUCUCACUUUUGUGCUCAGGCCUGUUCAGAGGCCUGCACAGCUGCUGGACUAUGGGGACAUGAUGCUGAACAGGGGCGCCCCCUCGGGGAUCUGGGGGGACUCACCUGAGGAUAUCAGAAAGGACUUGCCCUUUCUAGGCAAAGACUGGGGCCUAGAGGAGAUGUCAGAGUACUCAGAUGACUACCGGGAGCUGGAGAAGGACCUCUUGCAACCCAGUGGCAAGCAGGAGCCCAGAGGGAGUGCCGAUGACACGGACUGGGGCCUACUGCUGGGCAGCGAGGGGGGCUUCAACUCCUCUGCUGGAGACAGCCCUGCGGUGCCAGCGGAGAUGCAGCAGGACCCCAAGCUCCAUUACCUGAAUGAGUCGGCUUCAACCCUUGCCCCAAAACUCCCUGAGAGAAGUGUGUUGCUUCCCUUGCCGACUACUCCAUCUUCAGGAGAGGUGUUGGAGAAAGAAAAGGCUUCUCAGCUCCAGGAACAAUCCAGCAACAGCUCUGGAAAAGAGGUUCUAAUGCCUUCCCAUAGUCUUCCUCCAGCAAGCCUGGAGCUCAGCUCAGCCACCGUGGAGAAAAGCCCAGUGCUCACAGUCACCCCGGGGAGUACAGAGCACAGCAUCCCAACACCUCCCACUAGCACAGCCCCCUCUGGGUCCACCCCAUCUGAGCUACCCAUAUCUCCUACCAGUGCUCCCAGGACAGUGAAAGAACUUACGGUAUCGGCUGGAGAUAACCUAAUUAUAACUUUACCCGACAAUGAAGUUGAACUGAAGGCCUUUGUUGCGCCAGCGCCACCUGCAGAAACAACCUACAACUAUGAAUGGAGUUUAAUAAGCCACCCUAUAGACUACCAAGGUGAAAUAAAACAAGGACACAAGCAAACUCUUAACCUCUCUCAAUUGUCCGUCGGACUUUAUGUCUUCAAAGUCGCUGUUUCUAGUGAAAAUGCCUUUGGAGAAGGAUUUGUCAAUGUCACUGUUAAGCCUGCCAGAAGAGUCAACCUGCCACCUGUAGCAGUUGUUUCUCCCCAACUGCAAGAGCUCACUUUGCCUUUGACGUCAGCCCUCAUUGAUGGCAGCCAAAGUACAGAUGAUACUGAAAUAGUGAGUUAUCAUUGGGAAGAAAUAAACGGGCCCUUCAUAGAAGAGAAGACUUCAGUUGACUCUCCCAUCUUACGCUUGUUUAACCUUGAUCCUGGUAACUAUAGUUUCAGGUUGACUGUUACAGACUCGGACGGAGCCACUAACUCUACAACUGCAGCCCUAAUAGUCAACAGUGCUGUGGACUACCCACCGGUUGCUAAUGCAGGACCAAAUCACACCAUAACUUUGCCCCAAAACUCCAUCACUUUGAAUGGAAAUCAGAGCAGUGACGAUCACCAGAUUGUCCUCUAUGAGUGGUCCCUGGGUCCUGGGAGUGAGGGCAAACAUGUGGCCAUGCAGGGAGUACAGACGCCAUACCUUCAUUUAUCUGCAAUGCAGGAAGGAGAUUAUACAUUUCAGCUGAAGGUGACAGAUUCUUCAAGGCAACAGUCUACUGCUGUGGUGACUGUGAUUGUCCAGCCUGAAAACAAUAGCCCUCCAGUGGCUGUGGCCGGCCCUGAUAAAGAGCUGAUCUUCCCAGUGGAAAGUGCUACCCUGGAUGGGAGUAGCAGCAGCGAUGACCACGGCAUUGUAUUCUAUCACUGGGAGCACAUCAGAGGCCCCAGUGCAGUGGAGAUGGAAAAUAUUGACAAAGCAAUAGCCACUGUGACUGGUCUUCAGGUGGGGACCUACCACUUCCGUUUGACAGUGAAAGACCAGCAGGGACUGAGCAGCACGUCCACCCUCACUGUGGCUGUGAAGAAGGAAAAUAAUAGUCCUCCCAGAGCCCAGGCUGGUGGCAGACAUGUUCUUGUGCUUCCCAAUAAUUCCAUUACUUUGGAUGGUUCGAGGUCUACUGAUGACCAAGGAAUUGUGUCCUAUCUGUGGAUCCGGGAUGGCCAGAGUCCAGCAGCUGGAGAUGUCAUCGAUGGCUCUGACCGCAGUGCGGCUCUGCAGCUUACGAAUCUGGUGGAGGGGGUGUACACUUUCCACUUGCGAGUCACCGACAGUCAGGGGGCCUCGGACACAGACACUGCCACUGUGGAAGUGCAGCCAGACCCUAAGAAGAGUGGCCUGGUGGAGCUGACCCUGCAGGUUGGUGUUGGGCAGCUGACGGAGCAGCGGAAGGACACCCUUGUGAGGCAGCUGGCUGUGCUGUUGAACGUGCUGGACUCGGACAUUAAGGUCCAGAAGAUUCGGGCCCACUCGGAUCUCAGCACCGUGGUUGUGUUUUAUGUACAGAGCGGGCCGCCUUUCAAGGUUCUCAAAGCUGCUGAAGUGGCCCGAAAUCUGCACAUGCGGCUCUCAAAGGAGAAGGCUGACUUCUUGCUUUUCAAGGUCUUGAGGGUUGAUACAGCAGGUUGCCUUCUGAAGUGUUCUGGCCAUGGUCACUGUGACCCCCUCACAAAGCGCUGCAUUUGCUCUCAGUUAUGGAUGGAGAACCUUAUACAGCGUUAUAUCUGGGAUGGAGAGAGCAACUGUGAGUGGAGUAUAUUCUAUGUGACAGUGUUGGCCUUUACUCUUAUUGUGCUAACAGGAGGUUUCACUUGGCUUUGCAUCUGCUGCUGCAAAAGACAAAAAAGGACUAAAAUCAGGAAAAAAACAAAGUACACCAUCCUGGAUAACAUGGAUGAACAGGAAAGAAUGGAACUGAGGCCCAAAUAUGGUAUCAAGCACCGAAGCACAGAGCACAACUCCAGCCUGAUGGUAUCCGAGUCUGAGUUUGACAGUGACCAGGACACAAUCUUCAGCCGAGAAAAGAUGGAGAGAGGGAAUCCAAAGGUUUCCAUGAAUGGUUCCAUCAGAAAUGGAGCUUCCUUCAGCUAUUGCUCAAAGGACAGAUAAUGGCGCAGUCCGUUGUAAAGUGGAAGGACCGCACAGGAAUCCUUGAAUCCAGGACCAGUCAGUGGGAGUUACAGCACAAAACCCACUCUUUUAGAAUAGUUCAUUGACCUCCUUCCCCAGUGGGCUAGAUGUGUAUCCCCACGUACUAAAAGACCGGUUUUUGAAGGCACAAAACAAAAACGUUGCUCUUUUAACUGAGAUGCUUGUUAAUAGAAAUAAAGGCUGGGUAAAACUCUAAGGUAUAUACUUAAAAGAGUUUUGUGUUUUUGUAGCUGGCACAAUCUCAUGUUAAAGAUGAACAACUAUUUCUAUCUGUAGAACCUUAGAGAAGGUGAAUUAAACAAGGUUUUAAAGAGGGAUGAUUUCUGUCUUAGCCGCUGUGAUUGCCUCUAAGGAACAGCAUUCUAAACACGGUUUCUCUUGUAGGACCUGCAGUCAGAUGGCUGUGUAUGUUAAAAUAGCUUGUCUAAGAGGCAUGGGUUGUCUUCUGUGGAGCACGUGUAGCAAGCUUUCUAUGCUGACGGCAAUACUCACACAGUGCCAAGCCCUCCUGGUUUUUAAUUCUGUGCUAUGUCAACGGCAGUUUUCAUCUCUCUCAAGAAAGCAGCUCUUGGCCAUUCAAGAGCUAAGGAAGAAUUGUAUUCUAAGGACUGAGGCAAUAGAAAGGGGAGGAGGAGCUUAAUGCCAUGUAGGUUGAAGGUAGCAUUGUAACAUUAUCUUUUCUUUCUCUAAGAAAAACUACACUGACUUCUCUCGGUGUUGUUUAGCAGUGUAGUUCUCUAAUGCAAACUGAUCCCCAGUUUACAUUAAAUGCAAUAGAAGUGAUUAAUUCAUUAAACAUUUAUUAUGUUCUGUAGGCUGUGCAUUUGGACUGCCAUAGAUAGGGAUAACGACUCAGCAAUUAUGUAUAUAUUCCAAAACUCUGAAAUACAGUCAGUCUUAACUUGGAUGGCGUGGUUAUGAUACUCUGGUCCCCGACAGGUACUUUCCAAAAUAACUUGACAUAGAUGUAUUCACUUCAUAUGUUUAAAAAUACAUUUAAGUUUUUCUACCAAAUAAAUCUUAUUUCAAACAUGAAAGACAAUUAAAACAUUCCCACCCACAAAGCAGUACUCCAGAGCAAUUAACUGGAGUUAAUUGUAGCCUGCUACGUUGACUGGUUCAGGGUAGUUCCCCAUCUGCCCUUGGUCCUGAGGCUGGUGGCCUUGGUGGCGCCCUUGGCAUUCUUUGUGGGAAGAUUAGAAUGAGAGAUAGAACCAGUGUUGUGGCACCAAGUGUGACCACACCUAAACAAUAUCCUGUUGCACAACGCUUUUGUAACACAUGGGAAAACUAGGAUUGCAUUACUGAUUAAGAAGCAAGGUAUUUCAACCACCAGGGCAGGAGUGCCAGAGAAAAUGUUUCCCCAUGGGCUCUUAAAAAAAAUUCAGCUUUUAGGUGCUUUUGUCAUCUCCCGGAGUAUUCGUCCUCAUGGGACCAUCUUAUUUUUACUUAUUGUAAUUUACUGGGGAAAGGCAGAACUAAAAAGUGUGUCAUUUUAUUUUUAAAAUAAUUGCUUUGCUUAUGCCUACACUUUCUGUAUAACUAGCCAAUUCAAUACUGUCUAUAGUGUUAGAAGGAAAAUGUGAUGUUUUUUUUUUUUUUUUUUUUUUUUUUUUUUUUACCAAUAUUGAGCUUCAUAAGCCUAGAAUCUGCCUUAUCAAGUGACCAGGGUUAUGGUUUUUUGCAUGCAAAUGUGAAUUUCUGGCAAAGGGGACAGCAGCCCAAAUGUAAAGUCAUCGGGCGUAACAAGGAAGAAGAGAGUGAACAUUUACAGCUUUAUGUACAUAACAUAUGCAUUUUACAUACUCAAUUGAUCCUUAUAAUCAACCUUGAAGAGGAGAUACUAUUAUUCUUAUGUUGCAGAUAGCGCUCUGAAGGCCCAGAGAGGUUAAGUAACUUCCCAGAGGUCACGGCCAAGAAGUAGUGGCUCCAAGAACUGAAUGCAAAUUUUUUAAACUGUGGAGUUCUGCUUUCCACUACACAAAGAACUCCUGCCUUGAUGGAUGGAGGGCAAAUUCUGGUGGAACUUUUGGGCCACCUGAAAGUUCUAUUCCCAGGACUAAGAGAAAUUCCUUUUAAUGGGUCCAGAGAGCCAAGGACAGAGGGAGAGAUGGCCUGUGUAGUCUCCUGUGCAUCACACUCGAGCCACCCCUCCCUCUAGGUUUGCAAUGGACUUCUUCUGCCCCUCCUCCUUUUCUGUCCUUGGCCAUUUCAGCCUGGCCUCUCUGAUCCAUCACAGAAGGAUCUUGAAUCUCUGGGAAAUCAAACAUCACAGUAGUGAUCGGAAAGUGGGUCCUGUCUUGUUACCCCAUUUCUCAUCAGAACAAAGCACGAGAUGGAAUGACCAACCAGCAUUCUUCAUGGUGGACUGCUUAUCAUUGAGGAUCUUUGGGAGAUAAAGCACGCUAAGAGCUUUGGACAGAGAAAAAGAGGCCCUAGAAUAUGGGAGUGGGUGUUUGUAGGGCUCACAGGCUAACAAGCACUUUAGUUGCUGGUUUACAUUCAGUGAAGGAGGAUUCAUACCCAUGGCAUUACAAGGCUAAGCAUGUGUAUGACUAAAGGACUAUCUGAAAAACAUGCAGCAAGGUAAGAAAAUGUACCACUCAACAAGCCAGUGAUGCCACCUUUUGUGCGCGGGGAGGAGAGUGACUACCAUUGUUUUUGUGUGACAAAGCUAUCAUGGACUAUUUUAAUCUUGGUUUUAUUGCUUAAAAUGUAUUAUUUUUCCCUAUGUGUUGACAAGGUAAUAUCACACUAUUAAAUAUAUGCACUAAUCUAAAUGUGUCUGUAUUUUCUGUAAUGCUUAUUUUUAGGGGGAAAUUUGUUUUCUUUAUGCUUCAGUGUAGAGGGAUUUCCCUUGAGUAUAGGUCAGCAAACUGUGGCCUGCAGCCUGUGUGUGCACGCCCCAUGAGCCAAAAAGUGGGUCUUAUGUUUUCAAAUGCUUAAAAAUAAAUAAAAAAAUUUGAAACAUGUGAAAUAUAUGAAAUUCAGAUUUGUGUUCAUAAAUAAAGUUUUAUUGGAACAUACCCA